AAAAAACUAAACCCACUUGACCCGGAAAUGAAACCGCGCUCUGUUUUUCCGUUUCUAUGCGUAUGAUUCCAUCUCAACAGGGGCCACUGGCUCCCCGCUUCAGGAAAGAUGGAGCAGCGUCACGGGAUAAUGAAAGCCUUUCCCAAAGUCAAACGAGCUAGAGUGUCACAGAGGAAGGAUGCACCCCCAGUAAAGAAAAAAACAGAAGAAUUUAAUAUCACAGGAAACACUUUUGAUGGCAUCACAGUGUACAUACUGCCUGCUGGAAUAGGAAAUGCCAGAUGCCAGAUCUUUCAAAGACAAAUUCAGCAGAAUGGAGGACAUACCAAGAGUUCACUGUGUCCCAGUGUCACUCAUGUUGUUGUGGAUGACAACAUGGACAGGGACAGGGCAUUGCGCUUAUUAAAAGUGGAUUGUAUGCCCCCUGGAGUCCAACUACUGAAAUGCAUGUGGUUGAGCUUGUGCAUCAGUGAAAAAGAACUACUAGCUCUUGACGGCUACAGCCUUCUUUUACCCAACAGAGAAUCUGAAACACGGUAUGAAAAAGAUCUACUGAAUGUCGAAGCUGCUGACGAAUCUAUUGCAGAGGCAGUAUUGGAUCCGAACAAGCAAGAGAAGACAGCAGACAUGGCAGUUCUGUACACUAAAGAGGAAGUGCAAGGUGAAGAAGAUGGUGUCUCGCAAAGUGACCUGGAUGCUCUCAUCACUGGCCAGCAACCCAAAGAGGAGACCCCUGGCCUCAGCCAAGACCCCAGUUCAGACUGUGCUACAGAGCGGGUGGUCCCAGGAAAGUGGGUCUGUGCACAGUCCUCUCAAUCCAAAAAGAAUAACUUCAACAAACACAUCACAGACAAACUAGAAGUGCUGGCCAAGGCCUACACCCACCAGGGGGACAGGUGGCGGGCGCUGGGUUACUCCAAGGCUGUCAACGCACUGAAGAGUUACCACAAGCCUAUUACAUCAUAUCAGGAGGCUUGCCAGAUCCCUGGAAUUGGUAAACGCAUGGCCGACAAAAUUGACGAGAUCAUGGAGAGCGGUCAUCUGCGGAAACUCGACCACCUCGGUGAUGCUGUGCCAGUAUUGGAGCUUUUUACUAACAUCUGGGGUGCAGGAACUAAAACUGCACAGCUGUGGUAUCAACAGGGCUUUCGCACUUUGGAGGACAUUCGCACAAAAGCUCACCUGAGUAGUACUCAGAAAAUAGGACUAAAGCACUACGAUGACUUUUUAGACCGUAUGCCCAGAGAAGAAGCAGCAGCCAUAGAGAAAGUGCUAAAGGAGGCCACCCAGGCCAUUGAUCCAGGCCUCGUGGCGACGGCGUGUGGCUCCUAUCGUCGGGGAAAGGCCACAUGUGGAGAUGUCGACAUACUGAUAUCUCAUCCUGAUGGCAAGUCCCACAAGGGGGUUUUCAGCAAAGUUUUACAGAGCCUCCAUGCGAGCGGGUUUUUGAAAGAUGACCUGGUGAGCCAGGAAGAAAAUGGUGAACAGAAGAAAUACAUGGGUGUGUGCCGUUUGCCAGGACCCGGCCAACGCCACCGGAGGCUGGAUAUCAUCGUAGUGCCCUACAAAGAGUUUGCCUGUGCUCGCAUGUAUUUCACCGGGUCGGCACACUUUAACCGCUCAAUGAGAGCCCUCGCAAAGACAAAGAAAAUGAGCCUAUCGGAGCACUCGUUGAACAAAGAUGUGGUGCGUCAGGGAAACUUGAAGGUGUAUGGCGGCACUCCAUUUGCUACACCGACAGAGAAUGAUGUUUUUAGCCUCUUAGGCAUACCAUACAGACCGCCUCAUGAAAGGGACUGGUGAGCAUUUGCCAAUCGCAAUAUUAUGUCUGGUUUUAUUGAUGAACGAUGACAAUGCAAAGUUCAAGCAAGCACAAACAGCUGAUUUUAUUGAUGUUUUACUUGAAUACUCAUUUAAUUCUAUAUUUUAACGGUAUUAAGCACAUGCUUAUUUGACGACUUUUUUUCUGUCUUAAUAUUUAGUGAUGUUGUUUAAGUGGUAGGUGUCAAGGUUGUAAGAUGUCCAUCUUUAAAAAUCUUGCCACACUGAAACAUACAAUGAAUUAUAUUUUACUUUAGGAUCCAGAGAAUUUUUUAACAAAAUUGUUAUUUGGUUGGGACAAUUUCUUCAAGCAAACAUAGGAUUAAGCUGAGUUUAGUUACAGUGUUGGAACAUUGUUAUUCAACAAUGUUAAUAAUAAAACUUUGAUUAUGAAAGCUGGAAGAAAAUGUUUCAGGCAAGUAUCUAAAAACAUAUAUAAACACAAAUUUGUGCAUGAUCAGACGUUUGAAAAUUAGGUGAUAGUGCAAUUGAGUGGACUGCCUAAAGCUCUAUUUUAUGGGGGGGCAAAUCAGCAAUAAAACAUAU